AUGACUAUCGACGAGUUCAUUUCUUCAUCCCACAUUCUCCACCGGUCUUUCUCCGAGAGACCUUCAAAGAUUUUCGCCGGAGAUGGAAUCAGAUUGAUGCUCAAAAAUGGCAAAACAGUGAUCGAUGCAAGCUGCGGCCCCUCAGUCUCAUGCCUUGGACACUCCCAGCCAGAGAUAUUUAAUGCGAUUAACGCGUAUCUCCGCAACGACAUAGCCUAUGCAUACUCCGGUUCUCCAUAUACAAAUGAUGCAACAGAGCAACUAGCAGAUAUGCUGCUGGCACAUAAGCCAGGUGGUCUUUCCAAAGCGAUGUUUGUCAAUUCCGGUAGUGAAGCCACCGAUGCUGCUUUGAAGCUAGCCCCACGCCGGACGAACUUCAUCGCGCGAAAACAGAGCUACCAUGGGAAUACAAUCGGAGCCCUCUGUGUUUCCGGUCAUGAAUCGCGCAGGGAGUUUUAUCAGGACUUCAUGUCUCCCAAUGUCUCUUUUGUUGAUCCUUGUUAUGCCUAUCGCAUGAAAGACCAAGACGAAUCAGACGAGGCAUUUGUUCAACGACUUUCCCGGCAAUUUGAAGAUGAGAUCCUACGAGUUGGGCCAGAUCGUGUGGCUGGAUUCAUUGCUGAAACAGUUAGUGGAGCAACCUUGGGCUGCUUGCCUGCUGUGCAUGGGUAUUUCAAAGCUAUCAGGGGGAUAUGUGAUCGAUAUGAUGUUCUACUGAUCUUGGAUGAGAUCAUUUGCGGAAUGGGCAAGACUGGCACUAUGCAUGCAUGGGAACAAGAGGGAAUCCGAGGUCCCGAUAUCCAGACCAUUGGAAAGGCUCUCGGGGCAGGAUUUGUGCCUCUAUCUGGAGUCUUACUGCAUGAGAAGAUCUUCCAGGCGCUAUCUUCUGGGUCCGGUGGAUUAGCACAUGGUCAUACCUUCCAGGCUCAUCCUCUAGCAUACGCUGCCGCUAUCGCAGCACAGAAGAUAAUCAAGCGUGAUAAUCUCAUUGAGCGCUGUGCGUAUAUAGGACAGAAGCUGGAGACUCUUCUGAGAAAGGAAAUCGGACCUCUUCCAUUGGUAGGCAACAUUCGAGGCCGAGGUCUAUUUUGGGCAGUCGAGUUUGUACUUAACAAGAAGGCGAAGACACUUUUCCCUGGACAAGUCAAGUUCUGCUCCCAAGUUGUCAAGAAAAGUCUGGAUAUGGCGUUGAACAUCCUUGGAAACUUGGGGCACACAGGAAAAUACCAAGUCGAUCAUAUUCUGGUAUGUCCACUUUAUACGGUGAUGGGUAGUGAGCUAGGGAAUAUUAUUCCUCUACUCAAGAUCGCUAUCAUAGAGACAAGUCGGCCAUUUCUCACAUAA